ACGUCACUCCAAACGAGGGCUGAAAUAUAUUGAGCAUGCGUGUAGAUGUUCCUUGCUGAUUUUUGACAGGAAAGGACAGGAAGGUAAGACUGUUUUGUCUAUUGUGGUUUGUGAAGUUUUAUGUGUUUUACCCUCUUAUAAUAUAACACAGACAGAGGAAUUCACGCUUUUUAAUACCAUGUCAAAGAUUCACGUAUUAUUUGAAAACAUACAAUUUGCAAGUUGGCUAGUUUCUUGACUGCCAGUAGUCAACCCAGUUAGCCAAGUACACGUAAGCGUAAGCUUGGCAUGCUGAUUGUUUGUUAGCUAACGUUAGCUAUCUAGCUGCUAACUGGCGUCUCGUAAUGGUCAUUUUGUCAGGCUGUGGCUAACGUUUUUUGACAAAAUGGUUGACAAUUUCUUUUUUGAAAUUGCAGCUAGUUAGCUAACUAAUCUUUCAUUUUAACAUCAGGUUGUAGGUAAUCUAGCUAGCAAGAACGUCAGCCAGCUAACUGCUGUAGCUAGCUAGCUAUCCAGGACAAAUCUCAUAGCGCCUAGUUCAAAGUUGACACAAUGGACACGUAUACUUUCUUGAGUGAGUUGGCUGUAUUUCGAAUCAGAAUAUUGUGGUAGAUUGGCCUAUAAUAUAUAACGUCAAUAGCUAACGUUAGAUAGCUGUAUUUAAUUAUCCAAUACUAUGUUGAAAUCUUUUAGUUUUGACACGAAUGGAUCAAAUAUUGGGCCUUUUAUCCUCGCUUAGCUAGCUAGUUGGCACUUCGUUUUUGCUUAUCAUACAAAGUGAAUGAGUUUGUUGACAAUAUUUAGAAAUAUAACGUUAGGCACAUAGCUAGAUAUGCUACUUGUGUAUCAUUUUGUCAGGGAUCAAUGAUGCUUUGAAGCAACUGAAAUACGUACGCUACUUUUUCACUGUAAUGCCACGAGAGUAUGUAUUGACCACUCUUCCUACUCUAUUGCAGAUGAGGGCCCUAUACGUGUUUGCUCUGCUGGCUCUGCUGGGUCUGGGGACAGGAGAGGAGGGGGCUCGUCUGUUGGCAUCGAAGUCCCUGUUGAACCGUUAUGCCGUUGAGGGCCGUGAUCUCACACUGCAGUACAAUAUCUACAACGUUGGAACCAGGUAUUGAAAAACGACAUUGAGUGCGUUAAGACAAGCCAUUGAAUGUCAGUGUCUGUGUGCUGAAAAUGAAUCUACAGUUUUUUUUUGUUUGUGUCCCAAUUCUGUACCCUUAUCCCAAAGUGUGCGGUUUCACAAUCCGCCUUAACUCAUUCUGAAUACACUCUCCACAGUGCUGCCCUAGAGGUCGAGCUGUCUGACGACUCCUUCCCCCCUGAGGAUUUCGGCAUCGUCUCCGGGAUGCUGAACGUGAAAUGGGACAGGAUCGCUCCGUAUCCUUUUAAAGCCACAAUCCUAAAACAUGUUUCAGCCCAACGGCUCCUAAGCACCAUUCUUUUUCAAUGAAGCCCACAUUGUACUCUGUAGUCUUAUUGCAGUUUCUCAAGUUCAGUUGUCAAACACAUUCCACGGAUGGCAGUCUGCGCGUUUUCACUCCUCCCUUAAACUUGAUUGAUGAAUUAAUUAGUAAGGAACUCUCCACACCUGGUUGUCAAGGGCUUAAUUGAAAGGAAAAACCUGCAGACACUAGGCCUUCAUGGAAUGAGUUUAACACCCCUACUCUAAUUGUUUAUACCUUAACCCUCCCCAGUGCCAGCAAUGUCUCUCAUACUGUGGUACUGCGCCCCCUGAAGGCCGGAUACUUCAACUUCACAUCUGCCUCCGUCAGCUACCUGGCUCAGGAGGGAGGACAAGUUGUGGUAAGGGAGAGGAGAAUCAUCUAUGCAGAUCAGGGCCUGUAUUCAUUAAGCGUUUUAGGAGUACUGAUCUAGGAUCAUUUUUUUCCCUUUUACAUCAUAAUGAAUAAGAUGAUGAUCCUAGAUCAGCACUCCUACACUGAUAUGCUUUAUAAAUACAGGCCCUGACCUGGGUUCAAAUACUAUUUGAAAUCUUUCAGAUACUUUGAGCAUUUGCUUAAGCACUGGCAUGUGGUCAGGGUUUGAACUUUUUGUGCUUUUGUAUUGGUUGCAUUGCAACAGGCAUGCGCCAUCAAGCAGAGCUGAAAUAUUUGAAAUUAUUUCAUAUAGUAUUUGAUCUCCGGUCUGAUGCAGACUCCGUUCUCUACUGCUCUCUCCACCCUGGAACUUUUUCUCUGCUACAUUAACGUGCCAGAAUGUAGCCUAACACCCACUAGCCUAUUAGGCUGGUGUUAUUUCCUGGCAAUGGUUUUUAUGCAUUGUGUACUUGCACACUUCCUGUUAUGGAUUUCUAAUAAUUGGAAACUCCCUCUAGUUAAUUCAACUAAAGACUGAUGCAGAGUAGUGAUGUUUGUUACCUUUUUAGGAAAUUAAACUCCCUUCUGCCUUUUUCCUUCAGGUUGGCUACACCAGUGCCCCCGGACAGGGUGGGAUCUUGGCUCAGAGGGAGUUUGACAGGCGUUUCUCCCCCCACUAUGUAAGUCAUUUGUCCUUUCAAAGCAUUGUGUUCUAGUAGACUUCUCUCAAAUACCUCUUAAAGGAGUGCUUGGUGAUAUACCUCAUAUUUGGACAGAGUUUUUAACUUGAUGCCCUUUGGGCUGAUUUCCUGUACCCAGAUUAAGCUUAUUCCUAGUCUUAAACGCAUGCUCAAUGGCGACCCUUUAUUGGAAGUGCUUUUUACUCUAGGAAUGUGUCAAUCUGAGUCCAGGAAACCAGCCUUUGUUGUUCUUAGAUGCAGAACCUUCUUGACAAAAAGCUUCUGAUUACUAUAUUGGACAGAGGCAUAGCCUAAAAUAUCCUUGCAAAAAUACAUGGCCUUAGUAUGUUCCUCAGAAAGAACCAGACUCUCCAUUUCUUGGCAUACAUAUAGUUGCUCAGUACUUAUGUUUGUAAUGUAUGGAGUUAGAACAAAGCCAGUGCUAUGUCUUCGGUACUAGUGUGUUAUCGUCUGCUUGUCCUAUCCUCAAUCGCUGGCACACUUGAAAAUAACUGACAAGGACUCUGUUUACCAACCAGUUACUAGCCACCCCAAACAAAGACUACAAACAACCAUGGUUAAUUUUGUUUUAUUCUCCACUCUGUUUGUAUAAAAUGGAACCCCCACUUCAGUAGGGUUUUGCAAGAUCAUUUUUGUCCUGUUUUUAAUGGACAAGUUCAAGAAGUACCUCCCCGUUUUUCAAAAUGUUUUCUUGCUGUGAAUUGGCUGUGACAUCACAUCUCCCUCCCUCACCCCCUUCUCUCUCCCUCCAGCUGGACUGGGCCGCCUUCGGUGUAAUGACCCUCCCCUCCAUUGGCAUCCCCCUGCUCCUGUGGUUCUCCAGCAAGAGGAAAUACGACUCACCCAAGGCCAAGAAGAACUGAACGCUAUACUCUCCACUGUGGAACUAGCUAGGGAUGGGGUUAGGGUUUAAUAACUUGUACCUUUUCACACUAUUGUGCUGACACAAACUGUGCUGGCUCAGAUAUUUUCUUGUCACUUUGUCCUUUACAGCAUAGUUUUUGCAACCAUGCUGGAUGUGUAAACAGACUAGUGCUGUACAGCUCGGCUCAGUAGUGUGAAAAGGGUAUUAGUAGAUCGGGAUGGGAGGGGAGUGACAGUAAAACAUUUUUUUUUUUUAUAACAUAAUUACCCAUAUUGGGGGUAAAACAAAACAUGAGUGAUCUGGGAAGAUGUGCUUCCUUGUGAUUCGGAGGUAUGAGCUUUGUGGACUAUAGCGAUCGAUGAUGGGCUAGAGGUUUCAUUGCUGGUUAUUCUAUUCCAUACACGCACAUGCAUUACAUACAGUACACACACAAAGUCCCACUACAGCCGCAAUGCAAGAAUGACAUGAACGGCUGCCUUUUUUAUUUUGUUUUAUUUUAUAAUUAAUUUGUUUUGAAACCCUCCACGGUAAUUUCUACAGAAAAAAGUCUUAAUUCCCAGGCGGUUUGGAACUUCGUCAUGUUUGGGAAAUAAACAAGCUGGGUUUUAUAAAGUGAGAUUUUUGUAUUUUUACCAUUUUCUCUUUCAAUCUUUUUGUGGGGUAGUGCGCAAGUGUACACUUCAAGGGUAGGUCGGGGCACAAAAUGAAGCUUAACUUCUGUAGAUGCAUUUUUGGCACACAGAGACUUGACAUUCAGGAUGGUCUCAAGCCUCUCGUUAAAUAGAAAAUAUACCUUGAUCUGUUGAUUUAAGUGUACAGUAAGGCUUACUUCUGAAUAUAUUGGGGUUGACAGUAUUUUGUUCACAAUGAUAAUUGAGAGAGGGUCUUGGGUGAAGAAUGCUUAAGGUUUAUAGUUUGAUAUAGGGUGGUCAUUUUUGGGGGUUUUCAAGAGGAGUUGUAUUAUAGGGUCUUUAGUAGUUAGGCUUUGCGCUGGUUGGCCUCUCUGGUAUCUGUUCGUAGAUGCUGUUGCCCUGGUCAUCGGUCAAAGGUUGUUUUGAACGAGGUGGCAGAAAGAUCCCAGGUCGGGAUGAGGAAGAAGACAAGAUAGGAUCUCCACAUCUCUAGAAAAAUGUAUUGGAGAAAAAAAGAUGCGUCUAUAAACUGAAACCUUAUCAAAGUACUUCUAUAUAAAAUAUUUUAUCUAACAUUUUCAAACUACCUGCCAAUCUACCAAUAUGUAAUUUUUAAUCAAUUAUUGACAAAGCCUGAUUAACAUCAGUUAUUUACAAUUCCAUUAGCCAAUUUUUUUUCUUUGUUGACAACCUCUUACCAAAAUGGUUUAGAUAAUACAUGCAUAACAAUAUAAGUUUGGUGUUCCAGUACCUGCACAUUUCCGUCUGAUCGAGGGGGUUGUAAAGGCCGGUUGGGGGCUGUCCUGGCUGGAAGGGGAACGUGACUGGGGGCCUCUCUUGUUCUUCUUAGGUUCACCUCUGAGUAGAGGUGAUGCUGGGG